AUGGGUAAACCAGAUUUCAACAGUCCUCGUGGAGAAAGCCGGGGAGGUUUUAGAGGUGGUCGAGGAGGUGGUGGAGGUCGAGGAGGCUUCGGAGGAGGUCGAGGAGGAUUCGGAGGGGGUCGAGGAGGAUUUGGAGGAGGUGGAGGUGGCAAGUUUGAGAAGCGAGGGGGUGGAGGUGGCAGAGGUUUUGGAGGACGAGGAGGUGGAGGAGGCCGUGGAAGAGGAGGCCCACCAAAAAGAGGGGGAUUCAAAGGUGGCAAACAAGUUAUUAUUGAGCCACAUAGGCAUGCUGGAGUAUUUAUUGCAAGAGGCAAAGAAGAUGCGUUAGUAACGAAAAAUUUAGUACCUGGUUCAGAAGUAUAUGGAGAAAAGAGAAUAUCUGUUGAGAAUGAAGGAGACAAAAUUGAGUACAGAGUGUGGAAUCCGUUCAGAUCAAAAUUGGCCGCAGCUAUAAUGGGAGGUGUAGAUGCAAUACACAUGCCGCCUGGAUCGAGAGUUUUGUAUCUCGGAGCAGCCAGUGGGACAACAGUCAGUCAUGUUUCAGAUAUUGUUGGACCAGAAGGCCUAGUUUAUGCAGUGGAAUUUUCCCACAGAUCGGGGAGAGAUUUAAUAAAUGUAGCAAAGAAAAGAACUAAUAUUAUACCUAUUAUUGAAGAUGCGAGACAUCCAUUGAAAUACAGAAUGCUGGUUGGUAUGGUGGACACGAUAUUUGCUGACGUCGCUCAACCAGAUCAAGCGAGAAUCGUCAGUUUAAACGCACAGCAUUUCCUCAAGAAUGGUGGACAUUUUGUUAUAUCUAUUAAGGCCUCAUGUAUAGAUUCAACAGCUCAGCCCGAAGCAGUAUUUGCAGCUGAAGUUAAAAAGUUACAAGCGGACAAACUAAAGCCUCAAGAACAGUUAACUUUGGAGCCCUACGAGAGAGACCAUGCGGUGGUAGUAGGAGUGUUUAGGCCUCCGCCCAAAAAUGCC